CAAAGAAAGAAGAAAGCUUUGAGAAGUGAAAGUAGUUAGAGAGAGCUAGUAAGAAGAGAGAAGAAAAGAAACUAAAGAUGGGUAUGGUUGUGGUGAUCUCUCUGCCUUUUAUUUUGUUCACCAUACUGCUUGGUUUUGGUUGCUACUUCUUUGGAAGAGCCAGAGGGCGAAAAGACGCAAUUUCCUCAGCUCAGGUUUAUGGGGUGCCUACUCCACCACCAGGAGCUAAUAAUUCUCUGCCUUCAUCUCCUCCACCACAUCAUUUCAAGCACGACAACUCUUCCAAUGUUUAAGCCUCUUCCUCUUUAGCUUCUUCAUAUGUUUUCUGUUCUUGUUCAGAUCAGAGAGCAAAAGAGUGUGU